AUGCGCGCUCGCAGCAUUGUCCGUCCCCGCCUCGUGCCUCCGCCCACAAACCACGGCCAAUCGAUGGAGAACCGCGCGCUCUCACCGCAACGCCCAUCAGCACGCAAACAGGCCAUGCGCGCGGCAUCGUCGCCUUUGAAACCUCUGCGCGCGACACUGCAGAAUCAGGGCCUGUUGACGCCCCAGGGCACGUUUGAGGAUAUGACUUCGAAUAUGGAUGUCGAUGGGGACCCGGCAAAGACGCUGAUUAGUCCUCCUCCCGAAUCUCAGACUACCGCACGCCGCGCAGGCUCAGCGCCGGUCGAACGACCCAAGCGCAAACGCGCCCAGACGUCGCUCGCGCGCGUCAGCGAAGACGAGCACUCCGACCACGGCGAGCCCUCCUUCCAUACCCCGCGCCCCCGCCGCAAACCGCGCAAACACCCGCGCCCCUCCCCGCCCCUCGAAGCGUCUGCCUCUCCAACACCCACACCCGACAUCGAUGACGACGCAGGCCCGUCAACGACGACAACCACACUGCUAUCACCGCACGCGACGAACCCCGAGGCGGACUAUAUCCCGCCCGUACCCGCCACGGCCCUAUCGCGCGCUGCGAUACGGCGCGCGAGGAGCAGCACGCCCGGCCGCGGGUACUCGCCCCCGCGCGAGCGCUUCACGCCUCCGCGCGUCAUCAUCGCCACGCCCUCCCCAACCAAGCCCACAUCCACGACUUCCCGCGCAGCCAAGGCCCGACCGAGUGCCCUGACCAUCAAGAAAGAGCCGCCCGAGAUCGACCUGAGUAAGCCUGCGCCGCCGCCCAGCCCAAGCGACGACCCGAUCCUGCUGCGUGCGCGCCGGCGCGCACGCAAAGCCGCGAGCGAGGAGCCUACGCCUGGGAGCAAGAAGUCUAGGUCGCGGUCGGGGCACGUGAGGCGGGCGUCGGACGAGGGCGUGGAGAGCGAGAGGAAGGUGGACGAGGAGAGGGCGGACGCGCGGGAUUAUUUUAUGCCGAGGGAGGUCGAGAGGGUCGAGGAGGAUGUUGAAGAAGAAGAUGAGGAUGAUGAUGAGGGGGAGGAGGUGAUGGUGUAUCGCGCGCCAUCGUUCGAGCCGGAGCCGGUAUACGAUGAGCCUGCGCCACCACGCGCGGCGUCUAUCGAUGUCCCGGCUACACCCGCACACGCCCCGUCCGACUCCAACAUCGCAGACGACGCAGAAGAAGAACCCCCGCUCUCCUACACAGGCCGCUUCACCCAAACGCGCAUCCCCACAGCCGCAGACCCGCCCACCAGCACGACCCGCGCCCGCCGCGAACGCUGGGGCCGCCCCGUCAGCCCCUUCCCCAAGAAACACCCGCUCGGCCGCUUACCCGAGGGCGAGGACGAGGACGAGGACGGCGGCGAGAGGGGCGAGGUGCCGCACUUUGAAGACGACGAGCAGGGGGAGGAGGAUAUGGAGCUCGACGAGACGAGCUUCGCGCGCGAGCGGGUGGGCGUGCUGGAGGAUGAUGAUCCGAUUCCGCCUGAGCCUGCGCACGUUGAGGAGGAGGAAGACGAUAUGGAGUCGAUGUACGCCGACCCGCCUGCGCCUGCGCGCGCACCUACGCCGCCGCGGCGUCAUGCGCCAGUAGCAGAAACGCCUGCCUUGCCUACGCGCACCGAACCGCUCGAGGCGGUCAAGAGCGCGCCCAUGGCGUCUGACAUGCCGCGCAGCCCGCUUUUACCCUCGAGAAGCGCGGGCAGCGCGCGAAGUCCGUGGCUUAGCCUUGCGAGCGCUAGUGGGACUCAGAGCUCGAAUGCGAAUGCUCAAGGAUCGUCGGAUUCGGGGUACGAUUCGAGGUCCCCGGAGGACGUUGAAGCGCCUGUUGUCUCGGGAUCGACUGGCACAUCUACGACUACGACUACGACUACGACUACUCAACCACACGCAUCCAGCUCGGGCUCUACAUCUACGUCGGAGCGUACGACGCUCAUGGCCCCACCCCGCCGCGUCCCCUCGCCCUCCAAGCCCAUCCCCCCCGCCUCCUCUUCCUCACCCGCACCAUCUUCAGGGUCCACCGCAUCCCCCCGCCCACCCCGACGCGUCGCCCUCGCCGAAAAACCGCCCGUCUACAGCCCGCUCGUCGCGCGCCUCUCAUCGGGCGCCGCCGGGUCGACACCGAGGAAGAGUGCGCUGGAGGGCCUGGCGAAGAGGCGGGGCGUGCGGGAGCUCGUCGAGCAGCAUGCGAGCGAGGGCGUUAGGGAGAGGCUGUGGAGCUGGGAUGUGCCGGCUCCGGGCGAGAGGGUGGGGGAGGUGCCGGCUACACCCUCUGGGACGAACGCGUCGGAAGCGUAUACAUCUGCGCUCGAGAGGUCGAGUAUGGGAGCUGGACCUUCGACAUUGAGUUCGAUGCCGCCCCCUGCUACCCCGCUCUCAACUCGCGAACAAGUCCACCUCGAUGAACCGGAGACCCCCACGCCGGAAUAUGCGACGCCGACACCUGCUCCGCGGCCCAUCUCUACUCAAGCGCCGCGCGCUGGCCCGUCGACGGCGACGUCUGUAUCGAGCCUCGCGCGUCGGUUCUCUCUUUCGCCCGAUACAUCCGCUCCCGCUCCCACUACACCUCCUGCCGCGGUCAGUUUCAAAGGCAAAGAGAAAGAACUGUUCGUCGUGCCCGCGGUGCUGGAUAAGGGCAAGGGCAAGGAAGAGACGAGGACUGCGAACGAGAAAGGAGUGGGGAAGGGCGGGAAGCUGAAGUCGAUCUUGAAGAAGCCUUCGCGGGCGAGUGUUGCGGAGAGGGAGCAGGACGAGAGGGACGAGGCUGUUGUGGAUGUGUUGUUGACGCCGCAGAAGGGGGUGGCGGAGGGGGGUGUGCGGUUCCGGCAGGACGAAGAUGACGUGGAAGAAGAUAUGGAGGAAGACGAGGAGGAGAUGGAUGAGGAAGAGGAAGACGUUGAGGUUCAAGACGCAGAUGCGGACAGUGACGAUGGAGACAGCUCAGACCCCGGCGAGGGCGACGCGUCCGUCAUCAAGAUCGUCAGCGACGACCCCUGGCAAGCCGCGCGCGCCGCCGCCAUCCUUAAACAACACGAAUACGACCUCAUCCCCUUCGCCCCCCGCCGCCGCCGCCUCGACCUCCAAACGCUCUUCAAACGCACGAACCGCGCCAUGCUCUCCUCCUCCGGCAUCUCAAAGUCCAAGUUCAAAUCCAAGUCCGAAUCAAAGCCGGUGCGCGAACUGCGCGGUGUGGUAUUAGACGGAACAGUCGUAACGCCCGGCUCGCCCGCCCCCUUGCGAACCCGCGAAGACCUCUUCGCCGACGCCGACCGCUCCCUCUCCCAUCUCUCCCAUCUCUCCCAUCAUGACGCUGCGCCUACUCCGGUGGACGCGUACCGCACGCCGUCGCCUUCUCUGUCGGUUUCCUCGAGUGUGGACGGGCGCACGGAGAUCGAUACGGCCGGCCCGCGGCCCUGGGCGCGCGCAGAUUGGAAGUUGCUCGACGCGUGUAUAACGGACGAGCGGAUGGCGCUGUCCGCUACGCCCGGCGCGCUGGCGGACGUGGACGCUGUGGAUCUCGACGCUGUUGUAGGGCGGUUCGUCGCGUUCUUCGAGCAUUCCUCAAACUCCUCUUCGUCUGGUGGAUAUACGGCGGAGUUGAAGGCUGUGGAAAAGAAGGGGCUGGAGCGGAUGGGCGCAGGAUGGACCGUCGAAGAGAUGUUAGCGCGCGCACGCGCACUGUUGAAGAAACAUCGCGCCGGGACGCCCGCGCCGCCUACGCCUGAAGGGAGCCGGCGGGCGUCGCCGGUCGUGCCGGAUUUUACGCCGGUUAAGUUGCCCGCGCCGGCGUUCGAGGGGCGUAAGGGGCUAGGGCUGAAUGUAGGAGGGAGUGGAGAGGGGAGGGGGAAGGCGGCGAUGGGGAUGAAGAUGCCCGGUGUGCUGGGCGCGCCGCGGUAUGCGCAUUUGUUGAGCGAGGCGAGGAGUAUUGCGGCGCCGCCGAGGAGGGUCGUUGAGGUUGAGAAGGAGCGAGAGGCGGACGAGUCGGUGGAUAUGUCCAGAGACGCGUCUAUGGAUCUCUCGACGGAUAUAUCGAUGAGCGAGGAGUCCGAGGCGCGCCCGGUCCUCGACGGAUCGACAUCUUCGUCGGCCUCUUCGUCCACGGGCGACGACUCCCACUCCCAAGACGCCAGCACCUCCGACACCUCCCUCUCCUCCUCGACCGGCCGCCUCCCGCCAUACCUCAAAGACGCGCCCUCGCCCUCCCUCGGCGCGCGCGUCAAGUCGUUCUUCUCGCUCUCGUCCUACCUCCCGCGCACACCCGCCCCGUCCAAGUCUGCGCCGAACACAGACACCAGCAGAGCGCUCCCGCCGCCGCCCGAGCCGCGUUCGCGCGGCCCGAUCAUCACGCCCAUCUCAAAGCCCAUACCCGCGCCCGCGCACCCGAAGGACCUCGUCGAGCUCGACCACGUCCCCACGCCCGCUCCCGCGCAACCGUCCCGCAUCCCCAUCCCCAAACGCCUAGUCGAUCUGCGGCACGUAGAGCCCGAGCCAAGAAUGGAGAAGAAGUUGUACGAAGGUCCGCCGGCGGGGCUGAAGAAGCGCGGGAGCGUGCAGGAUCUGGUGGGGCUGUUUGAGAGCGUGCAGGAUGUUGAGGAGAGGAGGGUUAGGGAGGGGCGGGAGGAGAGGUUUGGGAGGGGGCUGGGCGUGGGCAAGUUGGGGGUUGAGAGGGCUUGGAAGCCGUGA